AUUGGAAUUGAAAAGGUUAGAAUAAACCUGAAAAGUACGUGAUCGUUGUCAUCUGAGAUUAUAUGUUUAUACAAGAGGACUGUUUUGAGUUGCUUCACACUUUAAACCACUUUAACCAUGCAGAUAUUUGAGCUGAACGAGGGAAAUUAGAUCGUCACAAUUCAUCUUGACUUGAGGAAACAAGUAAGAAGGCAGGAAAAUAUAUGGAACCGAUGAAACUCAUAUUGUUGCCCUUGUUCUGCAUGUGUUUCCAUGGCCAAUGUGCAGGCACUGGAUAUCCACACAAGUCAAAAUGUACAAUUGGGAAUACAAUAGUAGACUGUAGUCAUAUGAAUCUAGAUGCAGUUCCAACGGACUUACCCCAAAAUAUCACCACAUUGGAUGUGUCUCACAAUAGACUAAAAACUCUGUCUUCUCUGCAUUUGUACUCCAAUUUGAUAAAUAUAGAUGCUAGCUACAACUCUUUAACUGUCAUAGAAGAGGAUCUUUGUCUUUCUCUGCCACACCUGCAAAGUCUUAAUGUGCAACACAAUGAAGUGCAUUUGAUUAGCGAGAAAGACCUGAAAAACUGUUUUCAUUUAACACGACUUGACCUGUCUGACAAUAGGCUGAAGCUAAAUGGGGAGCCCUUCUCUGUUCUUAAGAGUUUGACGUGGUUGGAUGUAUCUCGGAACACACUUAAAUCGGCUAAACUGGGCACACAACCUCAGCUGCCAAACCUGGUGACUCUUGUUCUCUCUGGAAAUGAAAUUUCUGUGCUGCAAAAAAAUGACUUCUCAUUCCUCAGCAAUUCCUCUGCAUUUCGGGUUCUGAUACUCUCGUCUCUGUCUCUUAAAAAGGUAGAGAAUGGAUGUUUCCAGGCUAUUGCUAGACUUUCUGACUUAGUGCUGGACUACAGCAAGAUCAGCUUUCAGUUUACCACCAGUCUUUGUGAAGAACUUGCUGGCACAGCUUUGCGAAACCUUUCCCUUAAGAACACUCAACAGGUCUCCCUCUCAAACACAACUUUCCAAGGUCUAGAUGAGACUAACAUCACAGUGCUUGACCUCAGCAGCAACACAAUGACGAAGAUUGCUAAUGGCACCUUUCAGUGGUUUCCCAGACUGGAAAGUUUAUCCCUGGAACAUAACUCCCUUAGACACCUAACUAAGGACACCUUCCUUGGAUUGGGAAACCUGAGACAGCUUAACCUGCAGAAAGCACUGAUUAAGAGUCAUACUUCGUCCUUACCAAUAAUUGAUGACCUCUCUUUCCACCAUUUGGUCCAAUUAGAGCAUCUAUGCAUGGCAAAUACUGCAUUCCGAGAGAUAACUGAGCAUAUCUUUUCUGGGCUUCUGCACCUGAAGACACUGGAUUUGAGUUGGAGCAUCACAGGGUUGAAGACUGUCACAAACACAACAUUUGCUUCUUUGCAAGAUUCUCUACACCUUCAGACUCUUAAUCUUACUGCCAUGGGUAUCAACAAGUUGGCGCCUGGGGCCUUUUCAAGUUUGGGCAACCUCAUUACACUCCUACUUGGUCACAAUUUCAUUAAUCAGCAGCUGAAAGGAGAUGAGUUAGAAGGCCUUUCUAACAUUAAAGAGAUUGACAUGUCUAUAAACCAGCAAAGUAUAUCCCUUACCAAUACGUCAUUCAUCCACGUCCCUACAUUGAGGACUCUAAAACUUGCCCGUGCCCUAAAAGGGACCCUAGAUAUGGAACCAUCUCCAUUUACGCCACUUGUCAACCUCACAUUUCUAGAUCUCAGUAAUAACAAUAUUGCAAACAUAAAUGCUGGCUUGCUGAAAGGAUUGUACCAUCUGAAAGUGCUAAAAAUGCAGCACAACAACUUGGCUAGGUUGUGGAAGACGGCCAACCCUGGUGGUCCAGUGUUUUUCCUCAAGGAUGCCACAAAACUGUCUAUUCUGGAUCUGGAUUACAAUGGUUUAGAUGAGAUCCCACUUAAUGCUUUGCGCGGCUUCUUUGAGUUAUAUGAGCUAAGUCUCCGUGGUAAUCUCUUGGAUCAGCUGCAUGCCUCUGUUUUUGAUGACCUACAGUCUUUAAAGUAUUUGCAUCUUCAAAAGAACCUUAUAACAUCUGUCCAACGUGUCACAUUUGGUGCGCCACUGUCCAAUCUGACAGAACUCUACAUGGACCGCAACCCCUUUGACUGCACCUGCGAGAGCAUCCUGUGGUUCUCUGAGUGGCUGAACUCCACCAAUGCCAGUAUUCCUGGGUUCCCUCAAAGUUAUAUCUGUAACACCCCAAAUGCCUACUUUAACCGCUCUGUUAUGGACUUUGACCCAUUGUCCUGCAAGGAUAUGACACCUUUUAAGGCACUGUACAUUUUGAGUAGCACAGCAGUGUUAAUGUUGUUGUUCACCGCUUUCCUGGUACACUUCCAAGGAUGGAGAAUCCAGUUCUUCUGGAGCAUAAUGGUAAACCGUAUGCUGGGGUCACUGAAUGACGAAAGCAUUACUGAGGGUAGAUAUGCAUAUGAUGCAUAUAUCAUCCACAGUACUGAGGACAAGCCAUGGGUGGAACGAAGCUUGCUUCCCCUAGAAGAUGAAAAAGUCAAUUUUUUUCUUGAAUACAGAGAUGCAAUACCUGGCUUUUCUCAACUUGACACCAUUGUAGAAAACAUGGGGAAAUCCAGGAAAAUAAUUUUUGUUAUUACUGAAAUGCUUCUGAAGGAUCCAUGGUGUAGGCGAUUCAAAGCCCAUCAUGCACUUCACCAGGUAAUGGAGGACAAUCGUGACUCACUGAUUCUGAUCUUUUUGCAAGAUGUAACUGAUUACAAUCUGAACCACUCUCUACAUCUUCGUCGUGGCAUGUUGAAACCUCGCUGUGUCCUCUACUGGCCUUUACACAGGGAACGAAUCCCAGCUUUCCAUCAGAAACUCCGCUCAGCACUAGCUUCUACCAACAGGGUCAACUAGUAAUGAUUUUUUUUUUUCAUAAGCAAAUCAUUUUUAUUUUGUGUUAGGUUCUCACUAUUUGUACCACAGUCCACACUUGGAUUCUCUGUUCCAUCUCUUUCAGUUUCAAAUUCAAAAGAAUUUGCAGGUAAGGUUAGGUACAGUGCAAACACCACCUACUGACAUCCAGUGGCCUUUUAAGGAAAAAGCCAAAUGUGACCUGGUAAAUUAUUUUAAGUAAACAGAUAAAUUUACUCACAUGAAAAGUUUCAUUACAUUUUAUUAUCCCCUUUAGUAAUCACAAUAGAAUACUACUAUUGUGACUCCAAACUAGAUAAUUCUGUAGGGCCCACACUGUCUAACGUACUGGCUUUUAUUUUUUUAUUUUUUUACAUAUUUUUUAUGCUCAAAGAGAUCCCUUCAGACAAACUUUGUGACCAUAACAGUUUCAUUUAAUCUUUUAGAUUUAGCUAGCCAUUGCCAUCAGGGCCAAUAUAAAAGGUAAAAUAUGUAUUUAAAUUACUUUUGAAAAUCAAACCCGUUAAAUUACAUAAAUAUAAAUAUCUUUAAAAAAAACAAAUGUAUUCAUUUCCCUCUCCAUUUUUAAUAGUUUUAAUCAAACAAAAUACAGUGGAGCAGUGUGGAUAUGAAGCUUUGGUAUUUUCUCUUAGGUACUAAUUAUUUGAGAAAGGAUAGUACAAACUUGUGUUACACUUUGUCUGUUUUCUAAAGUCUGUGUUAAUGCUAAACAGUGUAAAUAUAUUUUGCUUGAGUAUUUAACCAAGUGAAAUAUUGUGUACAAUGCAGCCACCCAGUGGUCAUUUGUUUAACAAGAUGAGAACUCAUCUAAUUGUUUUUUUGUUUGUUUGUACCUUAUACCACUCACAUUUCAUAGCAUUGGUUUUUAUUUUUUGAAAGUCUAAUGAACAUGGAGAUAUUGCCAUAUGUGAUAACUAGUCUUGGUCUCCCAAAUAAUGUAUAAAAAUAAAAUAAUAAUAAUAAAAAAACAUAUAUAAAAUAUCAA